GCUCAGCCUGUUUCCAGUAUGAAGCUUUACCCUUUGUCAGUGUGUCAGGUCGCUCUUCUGGUUCUCUGCUGUGUAAUGAUCACAGUGAGAGAGUCAGACAGCGCGUUUGUCCCGGGAAGAUGUAUGUGUCCACACACGAAGCCAGGUGUCAGAGGGAAACUGGUGAAUCUUGAAAUCCACCACAAAAAUGCCAGCUGUGACAAAGUAACAGUCAUAGUCACAGUAAGUACCAAUAAGCGGGUGUGUCUGAAUCCAGAAGGGCCGAUGGGAAAACAGCUGAUAAAGUGCUGGAAUAGAGCUCAUAAAUUGGGUCGUGAUGUGAAGCUGUGCCUGAAGAGACGAAGAAGGGGAGGCAAAGGCAGUCAGCGAUCUCGACAGAGGAGCGGGCUUCACAGCAAGACAGCCUCCUCUUCUAACUCCCAAUAGCCAAGCAGUCUGACAAAUGAUACUUAACUACUGUGCGGGCGAGAGAAUAUACACAGUGAUUCUUUCCCCACUGCAGUCAUAUACUGCAGACUGAUAUCCAGGCUGUCAGCAGUUGUUUUAAAAAGAACAGUGGACUACUGUUUUUUUUCUCUUUCUAUAAAUGUCAGGCAGCUCAGACAUUGUUGUCUGACCUGAAAAUCAAUCUCCCAGCAGCUGUGGACUAACCCUAACCCUUUUUUGUGCAGAUGACUGAUAGUAAAAGUAAGCCCUGGAGGCUUGUCAUAAAUGUUACAAGUUUUAGCUUAAAAAUACUGUUAAAUGGUCAAUGUAUUGUUUAUAGGUAGUUCUGUGUAUGCAGCUGGAUAAUGUAACUGAAUAGACUUUGUUACUUAUUUAUUUUUAUAUGAACAUAUGUAUUUAACAUUU